AUGGAAGAACUACCCGACGAGCAGUUUCGAAACAACUUAUUGGAAGCUAUUUAUAAUGGAAAUUUGGAUGAAUUGAAGGUAAUUUUUAUUCCAGGAAAAUUUUUAUGUGAAAUUUUGAAGAAGGUAACGGACGGGAAAUCAGAAGAAUAUCUUCAUCGAUUUCUCAACGAGCCGGCGGAAAAAAUCCCCUUGAUCGUAGCCUGCAAAAAGAGCCUAUUUGAUAUUGCGCGCCAUUUGGUAGGUUUGAAUUUGCCGAAAUUUUGAUAUUUUAUUCAGAUAAAUCUUGGCGCUGACCCAUUGGUGUUCAUUGAAAGCGAUCCGAAAUCAGAAAAAGGUUUUUUUAAAGAUAUUUCAGAACUUUUUUUUUUUAAUUUGUAAUUUCAGACCCAGAAACCGCCUUGCGAUUGACUAUCGAAAAAGCUUGCGCCAGAGAUAUUUAUGACUAUUUAUUGCAUGGACCUUCUUUCAAGGUUGUCAUUUUUUUUUUUUGAACUGAAGGUAUUGUUUUCAGUUCCUCAAAGUGCUUGUAGAAGAAGCGAAAAUUAAUUUAAAAGAGGCGCCUGGAAUGAAAAACGAACCGCCCUUGUUCAUUGCGUGCAGGCAGGCCGAGUUCAAAAUAUGUUCGUGUCGAAUUUUUUUUUCUAGUUUCAGAGUGAUUUUACGAACAAAAAAUAAUGAAAAUAGUUCAAAAUAUAGCAAAAAAUUGAAUGAAACACGAUUGAAUAGGUUGUUUCAAAAAAUUUUUUUCUCAUAUAUUCCUUAUAUUUUUUUUUUCAAAAAUAAUUGAUAUUACUAUAAUUCAGAGGGAACAAACAGAAACUUAAGUUAGCCGAAAUUUUCAGAGCUUUUCACAGGAUUUUACCAAACAAAAAAAUAUAUACAUGGAAACUCAUAAGAAAAAUUUCGGAAAGCAACUUUUGAUGUUUUAAUUUCGAUACUUUUUUUCGUUAUCUGUCCUCUUGCUUGUUUUUUUAAAUCAAAUUUUUCUUCACCAAAUUAUAAUUUUUGUUAAAUCACUGGUUUUUAAAAACCCAUUUUAAAAAAAGUGUCGUAAGUUAUAGUGUUUAGGUUGUAAACACACCGAGACGCAAUAUCGCGUACUCCAAUUUUUUUUUUCAUUUUUCAUGUUUGCAAUUUUAAUGCCGUCUUCAAAGUGAUCCCGCGGAAUCCAAAAUAACUGUCAGAGAAAGAAAAAUACAACUAAAUUUUGGAGAGUCAGAGAUAAUUUUGCAUUUCGCGGAAAUAGUUUUGAACACGGCACAAGAUCCGGAAAUUUUCAGAAGAGUUAGUUUUUAAUAUUUUUUCUUAAUGCAAAGAACGCCGUGUGGCAAUACAAUAACUGAACCUUUAAAGCCAUUAAAAAAAGAAGAAAUCCGAAAUUUCCAGUCAAAUACCUCUGCGAACAGGGCGCCGACGUUUGUGAACGAAAUUCGGAGGGACUGACACUUUUGAUGAAACCCGAGUUUUUCGUCGAAGAAUCUCCUCAUUCUUAUCAUUCAGUACUAUGAAAUCAGUAGUUCUCCUGGAAUCAAAAUGUUUCAGAGAAACAUUUUCAACUUGAUCAUCAAGCAAGGCCUUUCAGUCAACGCCGUUUCUCCUACUGGUUAGCCUACCUUUUUGAAAAACUCGGAAUGAUUAUAAUCUUGUGACAAGUUAUACUAGCUUAGUAAUUUCAGAGUGGUCCCUAUAGGGGUUAGGGGCAAAAAAACCUCUAGGGGGCCGAAAAAGUGGUCCCUAUAGGGGCUUAGGGCCCUUCAAUCCUAUAGGAGCCGAAAAAGUGGUCACUAUAGGGGUUUAGGGUCCCUCAAUCCUAUUGGAGCCGAAAAAGUAGUCCCUCUAGAGGUUUACUGUCCUUUAAUCCUUUAGGAGCCGAAAAAAGUGGUCCCUAUAUGGAUUUAGGGUCCCUUAAUCGUAUAGGACCCGAAAAAGGGGUCCCUCUAGGGGUUUAGGGUCCUUUAAUUCUAUAGGAGCCGAAAAAGGGCUCACUAUAGGGGUUUAGGGUCUCUUAAUCCUAUAGGAGCCGAAAAAGUGGUCACUAUAGGGGUUUAGGGUCCCUCAAUCAUAUUGGAGCCGAAAAAGUGGUCCCUAUAGGGUUUAGGGUCCCUUAAUCGUAUAGGAGCCGAAAAAGUGGUCCCUAUAGGGGUUUAGGGUUCUUUAAUCGUAUAAGAGCCGAAAAAGUGGUCCCUAUAGGGGUCUAGGGUCCUUGUCUCGCCUAUAGGUGAUAUUUUCAAGUUUCUCUGACUUCUUAGAUUAGAGGGAAGAGGGCGCAGACAGGUCAGGCAGUUCAAAACGUGUCAAAUUAUUCUUUAAAAUCGAAAAUUUGAAUAAAAUUUUUCUGAUGCUUGAAAAAAGGCUGUUGUGCGUCAGAGCGUCUUUUUGGGGCGUGUUUUAGAGAGCAUCUUUUUUUCUUCAGUUUUCAGCAAUAAUUUUUCAGUUUUAAGGUAAAAAAAUCAUUAUUUUUAAGGUUUUUUUAAGACUCUCCGUGUCUUCUAGAGUAAUAUUUGCGUUUAGGAUUCGCGCCUUUUGAAUGCCAGAGUGGUCCCUAUAGGGACAAUUAUAGGGGCUAUUCAAGGAUUCCCUUCAAGGGCCGCUUUACCUCCCCCUACAGGGCCCCCUUGAGCUUCAGAAGCUCAGGAGUUCCAGUUUAAACCCCUAUAGGGACAUUCGAAAUUUCAACUCUUGAGGAAGGAGGUCCCCUAACCCCUAUAGGGAUCACUCUGGCGUCCUUAAGGUCUCUCAAAAAUUACUUUAGGAAAGACAGCGCUCCAUUACGCCGUGGAGUCUAAAAAUCUCUAUUUCAUGAGGUGUCUCCUUUUCGACGGCGCAAACGUCACCUGCGACAGUAACAAUGAGAAUCCGCUUUUCACGGUUGCUGUGAAAGAGGAUGAAGCGAGUUUUUGAUUGCUCAGUUGAAAGACGAUGAACGCAGGUGUACUGUAGUAGCUUGUUGCGGUCGCGACGCGGCUUUUGGCGGGAAAUUAUGAAUUCAAACUUUUUGCUGCUUUCUUGUUCUUUCAGUUGAAUUAACAAUGUUAGAAAGUCUUAGAAACGACAGAGUGCUCCCUAUAGGGGUUAGGAGAAUGCUUGCCACUAUAGGGACCACUCUGGAGUUCCUAAGUUACAAUUUUCCCUCUUCUAUCUAUGGGAGGGUUACUGUAGUAGCUUGUUGCGGUCGCGACGCGGCUUUUGGCGGGAAAUUCAAACGCGAACAACAGUUUUGGGCGGUUCCUUGUUCCUCUAGUUGAAUGAACAAUGUUAAAAAGCCUUAGAAACGACAGAGUGGUCCCUAUAGGGGUUAGGAGAAAGCUUGCCACUACAGGGACCACUCUGGAGAUCCUACAAUUUCCCCGUUAAGGGUUGAAAAGGGUUGCAUAGAAAUUUUCUUUUUUUGCUGCCUUUUUGCGCCAUUUUUUCAACCCUUAUGCAGCAUUUUUGGCCUCUCCUUAUUUUUAUCAUUCCUUGAGCCUUUAAAAUCCCAGAAAAAAUGGAAAGCUCGAUAAAGGGACCCUUUUUGCGGCCUUUUUGCUGCCUUUUUCCUGCCUUUUUGCAGCCUUUUUGCUGCCUUUUUGCGGCCCUUUUGCGGCCCUUUUGCGGCAUUUUUGCUGCCUUUUUGCGGCCCUUUUGCGGCCCCUCUUCCACAUUUUCUUUCCCGCCAAAGUUUACUACGGUAGAUCUGCGCAUAGAAGAAAAAAACUGAAAAAAUUUAUCUGAAGGAUCUUUUCCGCUGUUUGUACGAGCACGUCGAGGACCCGAAAACAAAGAGAGACGCCAUGUUACUCAUGGCUACCGAGGAAUUUUUGGAGGGCGACAAUUUUUCGGCCGUGGAUGAUUUCAAAGAAGCUUUUGCGGUACCUCCAGUUCGAAAUGAAGUUCGAAUUUUGCCAAAAAAGGGACUUUGAUCAAUUUUUUGUAGGAAGAAGUGGCUUUGAACCCGGCUUACGACUCCCUUCGUGAAAUUCAGUCUUUCAACGACUUUAAAGAUGGAAAUGAGAGGUUCAAGUUCAUGCAGGUGAGUACUAUAAGAAAAAAAUAAGAAAAAAAUUGUAGAAAAUACGGAUUUUGGCCAUAUUUAAGUGAAAAAUAUCGAAUCUUGAUCGUCGUCUUUUUAAACACGCCAGAGUGGUCCCUAUAAGAAUGAGAAAACAACCCAAUAGGGGACAAAAAAAUGGUCCCUGUAGGGGCAAAGGUCCCUAAAGCUUAAGUGGCCUCUAUAGGGUAAAGAUUCUCAUCCCUAACGCACUUAAAGCUUGAGGGGUCCCUAUAGAAGUAUAGGUUCAGAUCCCCCAAAGCCUCAGAAGCUCAAGCGGUUCCUAUAGAGGUUUAUGUUUUGUUCCACUAACCAGGCCCUUGAAACUCAAGUGGCCCCUAUAGGGGUUUAGGUUCAGAUCCCCAUGCCAAACUUCUGAGUGGUCAAUCUGAGGAUGAUAUCAACGUUCUAAAAACCUCUGAUGGAGAGGCACUUACCUGCAACUUCGCUAAAGCUAACCUCUUAUCUACAAAAUUUCAUUCAUUUUUCACAAUCGAUGACGGAAAAACUCCGCCAUGUGUUUCUAAAACAUCUAACCGUUUAUCUGUCAUAGAUCUCCCAGCGCACAGAAUAGAAGCUUUUCUUCGUAGAAUGCCCUCUAAAUGUAACACUACUCCGGAUGAAAUCCCCUCCAUUUUGCUCAAAAACUGUUCCACAUCUCUCGCCUAUCCUCUUUCUAUUAUUUUUAACGCCUCUCUCCGAUCUGGUCAAAUUCCAUCUGUUUGGAAAAAAGCCAUUAUCAAACCCUUACACAAAAAAGGAAGUAGAUCUGACCCUUCAAAUUACCGUCCAAUUAGUUUAACCAGUUCAGUUUGCAAAUGUCUUGAAAAAAUAGUUGUGCAUGAUUUCAGCGUUUUUCUCAACUCUAACUCUUUGUUAAACUCUAACCAAUUUGGAUUCCGCCCUAAAUAUAACACGUCUAUUCAACUAAUUAAAUAUUGUGCAAAUCUUUUUGAAAAUGCAAACAGUAACCUUUGCACGGACGCUAUCUAUAUUGACUUCUGCAAGGCUUUUGAUACUGUCUCUCAUGCUAAACUUGUUUACAAGCUUCAAUUUUACGGCAUUUGUGGUCCUCUUCUUGGCUGGAUCGAAUCCUACUUGACUAAUCGUGUGCAGUGUGUUUCUCUUUCUGGAGUACUUUCCGACCCCGCUCCUGUACUCUCCGGCGUACCCCAGGGGUCGGUCAUCGGACCACUUCUGUUUCUACUUUUUAUUAACGACAUUACGGAUAACUUUCGCUCUGCGCCCCUUCUCUAUGCUGACGAUUUAAAAAUUUUUUCUUCGCUCACAAAAACCUCUAGUUCUACUGUCAUCGAAGAAGACCUCAAAUUACUUCAAAACUGGUGUUCAACAUGGCAAAUGGCUAUAGCUCCAACUAAAUGCUAUUCUAUUCAUUUCGGAAAACGUAACCCAAAUAUUUCUUAUAAAAUUUCAAACAUGGCUUUACAGCCUAAACUUUCAGUUCGAGAUCUUGGUGUAGUUUUCUCAAAUAACCUUAAGUUCAAUGAUCAUAUAUCUGAAAUCUGCAGACGGUGUAAAUGUCGCAUAAAUGUUAUGUUUAACGUGUUUCGAUCCACUGAGCUUUCAUUGUAUUUAAAAAUGCUUUGAAGUGUAUAUUCGUCCUAUUAUUGAUUAUUGUUCUGUAGUCUAUGCUCCAAUUGACUCUCACAAUAUUUGUUUGAUUGAAGGUGUUCAGAAAAAGUUUCCUUUUCCGAGCUUACCAUCGUUGUGGCUUUCCCUACCACUCUUAUUUCACUUGUUUAUCUGAAAAAUAGUCUCAAAACUCUUGAGACAAGACGCCUCAUCUUUGACAUGUCUCUUGUUUAUAAAAUUGUACUUAGAGAAGUCCCCAUUGAAUUUCGAUAGUCUCUUCUUUUUUUCCCCCGUGUCCGUGCGCUGCGUCGCCAUCGCUAUUAUUUACGUUCAAAUAUAAGACAUAAUAGUAACAUCGUUGCCUCGUUUUUUAGUAUCAGAAUAAUUAAUGUUUGGAACUCCCUUCCCGAUGUUGUAUUUGAUCUAUGUAAUGAUUCUAUGCGAUUCAAAAAUCUAUUUAGAAAAACAACCCCGAUCUUCUGGCUGACUUUCUCAAAAAUAUCUUCUAACUUUUUAAACGGUUUGUUGCUGUUUUUCAAUGUUUAAAUUUCCCUUUUUUUAAAAAAAUUGGUUCUGUUAGAGGUCUUUUUCGGCCCUUGAACUGUAUUAUUAUUCGUAUUGAAUAAAUGAUGAUGAUGAUGAUAAGGCCCCUGAAGCUUAAAACUGUUAAAAAAAAACUGUUUAUUGCAUCUUCAAUGUAAGAAUACAUGUGCAAUCGACUUUCAUUGAUUAUAACUGUGUUUAAACGGCGGCAGGAGCUGUGGCUCAGGCAGAGAAGUUGUGAAUUUCGCUCGUAGAACAUCAGGUACAAGAGAGGUCGUAGGAAGAAGUACGCUGCCGGCUUUCCAAAGGCCGAUGGCAGAGGUUGAGCCUUUUCGCUGCAUGCAGCUCCCAAUUUUAUCUACCCCGGAGGGAUGAAAGGCUUGGUCGACCUCGGGGGGACUCGAACCUACGACCUUGCGGACGUUAGAAAUGAGUUAUUCCAGCUGAGCUAUGCCUGAAGCUUAAGUGGUGCCUAUAGGGGUUUAGGUUCAGAUCCCUUAAAGCUUCUAAAGCUUAAGUGGUCCUUAUAGGGACUUAGGUUAUGAUCCCCUGCAGCUUCUGAAGCUUGAGUGGUCCCUAUAGGGGUUUAGGCUCUGAUCCCUUGAAGUCACUGAAGCUCAAGUGGUCCCUAUAGGGGUUAAGUUAAAGCUUCUAAAGCUUAAGUGGUCCCUAUAGGGGUUUUCUAAUUUUUUGUUCGGAUUUGAGAAUCAAAAAGAAUUUGGUAACACCUGUUCAAAUAAAUCCAUGUUCCCGAGCUAUUGUGCCCCUAAAGGGGAGGUGAAGUGGUCCCUUGAGGGGAACCUCAAAAAAGCUCCUAUAGAGACCAUUCAUUCGCUCCGAAAUCAGUUUUAUUUCUCUGUGCUCUCUCUUUUUUACGUCCUGUCUGCACACCUUUAAAACCUCUGAGGUUAGAGAGUAGAGAGCGCAGGCAGGUCAGACUGUUUCAACUGAAGUUUAGAGGGUCUCUAUCUCUCUUUAAAAAGGAUAUUUUGAGGAAAAUUGUUUCGAAAUGAAAUUUUUUCAAACGUGGUGAUGGGAAAGUUAAACAAUUUUCUCGAGUUUCGAAGAAAAUUUUUUUGAAAAUUCUGUUUUUUCUUUUUUUCAUCUUCUUUUUGGUUCAUCAAAGGCAACGUAAAAAUUAUGGAAUUAAAAAAAAAUGAAAAAUUACCGUUUCAAACUCUGAUUCAGUGCUUCAUCAUCCGUGAGAGGAUCCUCGGUCAGGGUCAUCACAGGGUUCGGGACGCUUUGUAUAACUACCUGGGAAAACACCUGGCCUCAGAAAAUUACCAAUUCCGGUAGAUUUGAAAACAAGAAACAUCGAAUAUCUUAUUUUGAAGGGACAAGGCGAUCUACUGCUACACGCUUUCUCUCUUUGAAAGGUUACUUUUUUGAUGAGGUCUUGGGAAAGAAACAUGUAGAAAGAUUAUUUCAGAUGACUACUUGAAACCUCUCGAAAACCCCAAAGAUGGAAAAAAAAAAUUUUUUUUUCUUAAUCUUUCCAUUGGAAAAGCUUUAAAAUACCGUCCUCUGUGUUUUAAAAAAGUCGAUUCGUAAACUAGGAGACCUACCGUAACCCAGUAAGGGGGCGGAGCUUCACAGUAACUAGCCUAAAAGUUCCCUUUUCUUGUACUAACGGUCAGGACGAAAAAUUAGACUCUAUUGAAGAAAAUUUAAGGGACCCCUAUAGUGAAUUUUAUAAAUUUAAUCAAACUUGAUCGAGAAAUCAUCUGUUGAUAUUUUUCUUUCAAAAAACACUAUCUUAUUUUUUUUUUUCCGUGAGAAUUCUUCUACUAACUAAAAUCACUAUAGGGGCCACUUUUGCAAGCCCUAGAGAAAAACCUUCAAGGACCCUCAGCUUGCCCCUAAAGGGACCACUCUGGAGCUCCUAAGUCCAUUUAAAAAAAAUGAAGUGAAAGACAUGUUUGAAAAAAAACGCGCUGUUCUUAGGAAUUUUAGAGUGGUCCCUAUAGGGGUUAAGGGCCAAAAAGUGGUCCCUAGGGGGUUCAGCGUCUGGUCCCUUGCUCUCUAAAGCUUGAGUGGUCCCUAUAGGGGUCGUGCAAUUUUAUUCAAAAAAGCUUAUUUUUUUCGCAUGGAAAUGCUUUUUCUCAUAGAGCUCUUAAGAAUUAUUGAUUAUCAUGCCCCCUAUAGGGACCACUUUUGCAAAAUUUAGUAGCCCCUAUAGGGGUUGGUGAAGUGUUCUUGAAGAUUCUUCAAUUCCCUGCAUACGUCGGCUAGAUCCCACCCCGGAGAGCGGCCUACCACCCCCAAACUGCGGCCUACCCCCCGAAAAAGUGCGGCCUACCUCUCAAAAAUUAAAUUUUUUUAAAAAUUUCUUUGCGCGCAAAAAGGCUGAGAUGGGAUCCAGCCGGUGUAUGAUUCCCUGGACACCUUGUUCCUUUCAGAUACCCUGAACCGCUCUCGGAACCUUUCAAAAACAUGAUCGAUCUUCUUUAUGAUGUUCUCGCGCAGGAGGACGACUAUCUCAACUCAUUUUUUCCUCAUGAGGCUGAUAUCGAGAAAGAUCAUAGUGGAAUGGUCGAGCUUGCGACACACGUCUUCCACCAGAUCCACAAUGUUCUGGAGAAAGUUAGUUUCUCUGAAGGAAUAAUCGAGAUUAGGUGCAUUAAAACCGUUAAAACUUUAAUAAAAUCCGAAAUUUUUUCUUGAAAACGGAAAAUAUGCUCUUUAGCAUUCCGGUCAGUGUUCAGUAGCAUCCCAGAAGAAAAAUUAGUCUCCUUUGAUGUUUUUUUCUACUGUAUUCCCUCACUUCAGUGUUACAAAGAGAAGGGAGAGCGGAGCGGAAUGGGGGCCUUGAGAAUCACGAACACAGCCGUCGAACUCAUCUCCAUGGUUUUUUUUUCUUCAAGAUACGACUCAGGCGAUUCCUGGGAAGGUGCCUGGAAGAUAGCCCUCAGCAGCCUGCCAGCAACCUGCUGGAAGGCUUCCCGCGAAUUUUUCAAUUUUUUACCUUCCAAGGACCUUCUAUAGCUGAUUCACGGCUGGCUUGAGCCAUCGAAAAAAUGGUCCUGACACGAUAAUGCAUGAGAUAGCGCCUGGCUCGUGGAGAGCGCAGACAGGACACGCCCCCUGAGCGUCCCAAGCUGGCCGUGAAUCAGUUAUAGCUCCCACUCACCUUCUUCCGAUUACCUUCCCAGAAAUAGCCCGAGAAGAAAGUAUUCUUUUCCAAUCACAACGUUCUCGUAUGGAGCUCUGUAACUUUCUGAUGAUAGUUUUUUUAAACAGUGGUAUAGCUCAUUCCGCGCCAACUUGUCACGAUUUCCGAGCUACAAGACUCUUCCCUUCGAGACGCGUGGCCUGUCUGUGGGCAUGCGCCUUUAAUAAGGCGGAAAUUUUAGGCUGAAUUGAAGGCGCAUGCAGAGAGACAGGCCGCGCGUAUCGACGCGAAGAUUUUUUUUUCCUGUUGUAUGCGCCUUUAAUAAGACAAAACUUUUUGCCUUAUUAAAGACGCAUACAGAGAGACAGGCCGCGCGGGAAGCUUUUAGCCUGUCUUUUUGUAUGCGCCUUUAAUAUGACGGUAGUAUUAGGCUAAAUUAUAGGCGUAUGCACAGGGACGGACCGCGCGUGAAGCUUUUCGCCUAUUAUUUUGUAUGCGCCUUUAAUAGGACAGCCACUUUGGGCCUAAUUAAAGGCGCAUGCAAAUAACGGACCGCGCGUACCGUCGCCAAAAUUUUUUUUCUUCUUCUUUUGUAUGUGCCUUUAAUAUGACAAAACUUUUGGCCUUAUUAGAGGCGCAUGCAGAGAGACAGGCCGCGCGGGAAGCUUUUGGCCUGUCUUUCUGUAUGCGCCUUUAAUAUGACAAGGACUUUGGGCCUAAUUAAAGGCGCAUGCACAGAGACGGGCCACGCGCAUUGAGAGAAAGCUUUUGGCCUGUCUUUCUCUAUGCGCCUUUAAUAUGACAAAACUUUUGGCCUUAUUAAAGGCGCAUGCACAUAGACGAGCCGCGCGCGGGAAGCUUUUCGCCGGUCUUUUUGCAUGCGCCUUUAAUAAGACGGAAAUGUUCGGCUAAAUUAAAGGCGCAUGCACAGAGACAGGCUCCGCGGGAAGCUUUUGGCCUGUCUUUCUCUAUGCGCCUUUAAUAUGACAAAACUUUUGGCCUUAUUAGAGGCGCAUGCAGAGAGACAGGCCGCGCGGGAAGCUUUUGGCCUGUCUUUCUGUAUGCGCCUUUAAUAUGACAAGGACUUUGGGCCUAAUUAAAGGCGCAUGCACAGAGACGGGCCACGCGCAUUGAGAGAAAGCUUUUGGCCUGUCUUUCUCUAUGCGCCUUUAAUAUGACAAAACUUUUGGCCUUAUUAAAGGCGCAUGCACAUAGACGAGCCGCGCGCGGGAAGCUUUUCGCCGGUCUUUUUGCAUGCGCCUUUAAUAAGACGGAAAUGUUCGGCUAAAUUAAAGGCGCAUGCACAGAGACAGGCUCCGCGGGAAGCUUUUGGCCUGUCUUUCUCUAUGCGCCUUUAAUAUGACAAAACUUUUGGCCUUAUUAAAGGCGCAUGCAAAGAGACGGGCUGCGCGUAUCGCAGGGAAGCUUCCCGGAAGGGUUCUGUAGCUCGAAGGAAAAGAAAAAUCGUGAAAAGACUCAGAAUGGGCUUUAAAGUAUUCCAGAAGAAGCCCGGUUUUCGAAUUUCAAGAAGAUUGGGCUCCAUAUGAGAAUUUUUUUUUCUGACCGUAAGUCGAAUUUUUAGAUUUACGGCUUUCACGAUAUGGAGGACGAGCGUGAACGGAAACGUUUGGGUAUCGAUGUAAAAUUGACUUUUUACGGAGUAUUUGAUUUAAAUAUUUUCAGUUGCCGCGUUUUAUUGAUGUCGCCGAUUUAUUGCACAUCCCUCUUUUGCAUUCGAAAGCAUUCAUCGGGUAUUUUUCAGUUUUUGUAAAUUUAUGUCCUUUUUUCUUAAUUUUGUAAGAUUUUGUAGCUCCGUAAAUGUCACUUCAUUAUUUGAAAAAAGGAAACAUGGGGGUUUUUCUGAAGCUUGAUAUUAUUCUCUAAAAUUCGACCGCACGUAGAAUGGCUAGACGCGUAGCGGCUGCGAAGCGGUCGGUUUGAAAUUCAGCCGACUUGAAACUACUUGAGCGCGGGUGCUUGAAAGAAGCUGCUAUAGGGAAAGUAUGCUCUACUGAGAAACUUUGAAGUGGUCCCUUUAGUGGAAAUUAAAGCGUUAUGGUUUUAAUAGACCGCUCGGAAAGCACUAUAGGGGUCACUAGGAAUUUCAUUUUCAGAGGAUUCGAAAAAUCAAUCUCUAUAAAGGUCCUCAAAACAACAAAAUCCUAAAGGGACCCCUCGAAAAUUCCUCCGUUUGUCCAAAAAAAUUUUUUCAAAGACUUGAACUUCAUUUUUUUAGAUCAAGAAAAACAACGAAAUAUUCAGUUUUUUUAUAAAAAAAUAUUAUUUUUUUUUGAGGUAAUGAAGAAGUAUGCAACCACUUUAUUGAAAAAAAUCACAAUCUGAGAAUAUUAUGAGACGUGGCUGAAACGUAUCUCGAAGCACUAUGAAAUCAACUGGAGAGUAUUUUUUUCCAAUCUUAUUUAGUCGAGUUUUUUAGAGUUUGGUUGCUCUAAAGGGCAUCUAAGCCAAGAUAAUCCUUGUAAUAUUCUCAAAGAGGUCACUUUAGGGAUAAGCGAUUAACUUUCUACUUUUUCAGCUUUCAGAUGGUUUUUUUAUUGGAGUCGGGGGGGGUUGAAAAGCUCAUUUUAAGUUAAUUAUCAAAAAUCUCAAAAUUUAACUCCUCAUUCUUAGAUUUUCCUUAUUUUUAUUCAAAAAAAGAGGCAACUUUAGGGAUAAGCUACUACAUUUUUUUGUGAGCCUUGACUCGACUGAAAUAAAAAAAUUCUAAAGAAAAAUAUAUGUUUAUUUGGGUCAGGAUGCUUUAAUCUACACCUAAGCCAGGAUAUAUCUUUUUUUAUUCAAAAAAGAGGCCACUUUAGGGAUCAGCGACUGUUUUUCGAUUUUUUUAUGAGCCAUGACUCGACUAAAAUUGAAACUUCUGAAAAAAAGAAUUUUUCUAUGUGUAAGGACGCUCUAAACUACGUCUAUGCCAAGAUAUUCCUUGUUUUAUGCAGAAAGAGGCCACUUUAGGGUUCAGCGACUGGAUACAACUUUCGUGAGCCAUGACUUGAGCAAAAUGAAAACUUCUGAUAAAAAAUAUUUUUUUUUGGGUUAGGAUGCUCUGAACUACAUCUGAGCCAAGAUAAUCCUUUUUUUUAUUCAAGAAGAGGCCACUUCAGGGACCAGCGAAUAAUUUUCUAUUUUUUUCAGUUUUUAGAUAGUUUUUUAUUGGAGUCAGGAGUUUUUUUUUUAAAAAAGCUCAUUUUCACUUGAUUAUCAAAAAUCUUAAAAAAAUUAAUUUCCCAUUCCUUGAUUAUUUUUUUGUUAUAUUCAGUAAGUUGUCACUUUAGGGACACUGGUUGCGAUUUUUGUGAGCCAUGACUCGACUGGAAUGCAAAAUUUUGAAGAAAAAAUUUUUUAUGUGGGUCAGGAUGCUCUAAACCACAUUCAAAACAAGUCUUAUUUGUUCUUUGUCUUUGUCUUUGUCUUUGUUUCAUCCAAAAAGUUGUCACUUUAGGGUUCAGCGACUGUUUUCGAUUUUUGUUAGCCAUUUCACGACAAAAAGGCAAAAUUCUGAGAAAAAUAUUUGUUUAUUUGGGUCAGAAGGCUCCAAACUACAUCUCAGACAAGUUAAUUCUUGUUUUAUUCAAGAAGAGGCCACUUCAGGGACCAGCGAAUAAUUUUCUAUUUUUUUUCAGUUUUUAGAUAGUUUUUUAUUGGAGUUGGGGGGGUUGAAGAAAGGCACAUUUUCAGUUGAUUAUCAAAAUCUUAAAAACUAAAUCAACAUUCUUAGACUUUUCUUCUUUUAUUCAAAAAGAAGCCACUUUAGGGAUCAGCGACUGUUUUCACUUUUCGUGAACGCCGGGGCGAACAUCCACGGCAAACACUGGGAAGAGCAAACCCCUCUGACGGCCCUGACUUUCGACCGUUUCAGCGUCAACUCGGAGAAUUACUACUUUGAUGGAGAGUCGCCCUAUGAGUUGAGAACUUGGUCGUUUCAAUUUUUUGAUCUCGUUGUUCUAGUUGGUGCGACCCGGUCCGCGAGCUGAUCCACGCCGGAUCACGGCUUUUCAUUCGCGAUUCAGAUGACUGCCGGGUUUUCGAUUCGUUGCAAAACGCCCAGAAAAAGCACAAGUACAAGGACCCCAUCGUUUUGGGUCAGUUUCCCAUUGACAUACGCCUGAGUGGUCCCUACAGGGAAUAAAAUAAUGUGCCCUGAAGGUUGAAUCUCCAGCAAUCCGAUAUUUCUGACGUCAUUUUAGAGAGUCAUGACGUCAUUUUUGAGAGUGAUGGCGUCGUUUCAGAGAGUUAUGACGUCAUUUACAUUCUAGAUUUUUGACGUCAUUCACAUUCCAAAUUUCUGACGUCAUUUUAAAUAGCUAUGACGUCAUUUACUUUCUACAUUUCUGACGUCCUUUUAGAGAGUUAUGACGUCAAUUUAGAGAGUUAUGACGACAUUUUGGAGAGUUAUGACGUCAUUUUGGAGAGUUAUGACGUCAUUUUAAAGAGUUAUGACGUCAUUUUAAAGAGUUAUGACGUCAUUUUAGAGAGCCAUGACGUCAUUUUUGAGAGUGAUGACGUCGUUUCAGAGAGUUAUGACGUCAUUUACAUUCUAGAUUUUUGACGUCAUUUUUGAAAGUUAUGACGUCAUUUUAGAGGGUUAUGACGUCAUUUACAUUCUACAAUUAUGACGUCCUUUUAGAGAGUUAUGACGUCAAUUUAGAGAGUUAUGACGUCAUUUUAAAGAGUUAUGACGUCAUUUACAUUCUACAUCUUUGACGCCAUUUUUGAGAUUUCUGACGUCAUUUACAUUCCAAAUUUCUAACGUCAUUUCUGAGUUUCAUGACGUCAUUCCAAAGUAGUUUUUCAACUAUAAUUCAUAAAUGAAUCCUUCCAGAGGUUGAGAAAAAAGCUUUGGAAAAUUGAAAACUAGAAAACUUCAAUCUGAUGACGUCACAUAAUGGCUUUAUUUUCUGCUCAAGAACCAUAGUUUUUAGCAAAAAAACCGAAUUUUCAAAAAUGAUUUCAGGCAAGUUCAUCUCCCUGAAAGACAUGGCCGCAGAAAUCGUCGAAGCCAAUUAUUCGGCCAAAUAUUUGGAAUAUAUUUUGCCGAGAAAUUUGAGGGUUUUCCUCGAUUUGAAGGAUGGUAGCUACAAAUGUUCGUGUUGUGAUUUCUAG